AUGGGCAAUAUCCUGGGUGGUGGAGUGGCCAUUCUAGAGGAGGCUCCUGUAUCCAAGGAUCCUGACUGCUACUGCCCGUAUGAGGGCCCCGGUCCAUGGUUCACCUGCAAGCCCGAUGAACAACAGCAGCCCCGCCUGGCCAAGAAGGGGAUCGCGAGCCGUGAGGGCUGCCCACCAGAGACUUUCGCAGCCUUACUGAAGAAAGCUGCCGAUCUGAAAGGUGACAAGCCAGCGAUGAAGGUCGAGCGACCCGUCCCCGCGCCAAACGAGGAUGGCACAGUUCCGCCUGCACUGCCAGACGAGGAAUGGAUGACGUGGACAUGGAAAAGCUACUACGAGGAUGCACGCAGAGCAGGUAAGGGAUUUGUCAAGCUCGGUUUGCAGAAGUUCGAGUCAGUGAGUGUUUGGGGCUUCAAUGCACCUGAAUGGAUGCUCUCACUGCAGGGGGCGACCAUGGCCGGUGGCAAGCUUGCUGGCCUGUAUCCAACGGACACGCCGGAGACCGCUGGCUACAAGGUCGCUCACAGUGGGGCCGCCGUAGUGGUCGUUGAGGACAGGAACAAGCUUGACAGGCUCGUCGACGCGCUCAACAAACGCAAAGAUCCCAAGCCUUUGCGUGUCAAGGCAUUUGUUGCCUACGGGUUUACGCCCGCGGACGACGAAAAGGUCGAGGUCCAGGGAGACAAGAAGCCCGUCAUGAGCUGGGCAGCCCUCAUGGCCAUGGGUGACAAGGAGAGCGAUGCGGAACUUGAUAAGCGAAUAGCUGACGUGUCGCCUUUGGGGUGUGCAGCCCUGGUGUACACAUCUGGCACCACCGGAGAGCCAAAGGCAGUGAUGCUUUCGCACGAUGCCAUCAUCUUCACGAGCAGUGGAGUUUUCGAGGCCAGCGUCGGACCUACCCAUAACUUCGCCGUCCUACCGGAGCAGGAGCGAUUUCUGUCGUAUCUACCUUUGUCGCACGUGGCUGGACUAAUGGUGGACAUGUGCUGUCCCAUGGCGCUGACUGCCAAGUUGCCAUGUUGGUGCACGGCCUAUUUUGCUCGACCAUACGAUCUCAAGAUGGGUGCCAUCAAGGACCGACUCUGCGCGGCGAGGCCCACCGCCAUGCUGGGCGUCCCAUUGGUUUGGGAGAAGAUCGCAGACAAGCUGCGUGCCAUUGGCGCUGCAAACUCAGGCUUGAAGCAGUCCAUUGCAAGUUGGGCGAAAGACCUGGGCCUCACGCAAGCCAAGAGCUCUCUCUUGGGAGGUGAUGGUUACACACCGGUUGGCUUCACCUUGGCAGACACCUUGAUUCUGAGCAAAGUGAAGGGCGCCUUGGGUAUGGACCAGCUGAAGUACGCAGCUACAGGAGCUGCCCCCAUCCGUGUGGACACCUUGGAGUAUUUCGGAUCCUUGGGCUUGAGCAUCAACGAAGUGUACGGCAUGUCUGAAAGCUGUGGAGGUGCUACCAUUUCGACUCAGUCUGCACACCUGUGGGGCUCUUGCGGAUUUCCAGUUGACGGAGUCGAGGUGAAAGUCUUCAAGGUGGAUGCCACGGACAUCAACAAGAAGACGGAGUGCCCCAGGACGCCGAGUUUGGAUGACAACCACGAAGACUACCAAGGAGAGAUCUGCUUUCGCGGCCGGCAGAUCAUGAUGGGCUACCUCGCCCAGCCGGACUUCGGACCGGAGCACGUGAAGUCGAUCGAGAAGAAGACGGCCGAAGCCAUCGACGCUGAGGGUUGGAUGCACUCCGGAGACAAGGGCAUGAUGACCGCCUCGGGCAUGCUGAAGAUCACCGGGCGCUUCAAGGAGUUGAUCAUUGGAGAUGGCGGAGAGAACAUUGCACCGGUACCUAUCGAGGACCACAUCAAAGCAUCGUGCGACGGCAUCAACGAGGUCAUGAUGGUCGGAGACAAGCGAAAGUACAACGUCGCGCUCAUCACGCUCAAGGCAGUGGGUGCGAACGGCGAAGUUCCCGGCACUGACGCCCUGGAUGCAGGGGCCAAGCGAGUGAACCCGGAUGUCACCACCAUCUCGGCAGCGCUGGAUGACAAGGUCUGGAUUGAGGCUGUGACGAAGGCGGUCACCUCCGCCAACAACAACGGCAAGAUCUGCCCCAACAAUGCCUUCAAGGUCCAAAAGUUCAUGAUUUUGCCAACAAACUUCUCCGAAGAGCAGGGCUUUCUAACACCCACGAAGAAGCUGAAGCGACCGAUCGUGGAGAAGGCAUUCAUCAAGCAGGUGGAUCAAAUGUACGCGUCGAAGGAAACGUAUGUUCGUUACCAGCCGUGA